UAAACUCAGAGCUGCAUAUACUAUCAUUUGAAUUGGUUUCUGAACGUACGUCUGUGCUGUGUCGGUAUAAAUGUCAAUGUCAAAAGUAAGAUGAAAAUAAACAAAGGUUCUAGGAUUUUCUAAGGUUUAACUAAGUUUUCUAAUAAUUUAAAGCCUCAUGAACUUUAUAUAUUUAGUCUCCUAUUUAUCUUUAUAGGAUGAAGACAUUCCUACUGCUGAAACAGUGUAAACAUCAGCUUAUAAGAUACUUCAGUGAAGCAAUGUCCAAGCAGCGCAUAGCCGUAUGUCAGAUGACAUCCGUGGCUGACAAAGCUGCCAACCUAGAAACCGUCAGCCAGCUGGUCAGCAAUGCCGCUAAGGAAGAUGUCAAGAUGAUAUUUUUUCCCGAAGCGUGUGAUUACAUUUGUGACAACAAACAAGACACAUUGAAGUCUGCAGAGCCAAUUGUAGGUGGGAACACUGUCGACAGCUACAGACAAUUAGCUGUUAAACACAAUGUGUGGUUGUCUAUGGGAGGACUGCAUGAACAGAAUAAUGAAGACCCCGCUAAAAUAUUCAACACGCACAUUAUAAUUAACAAUACUGCUGACAUAGUACAACAAUACAGAAAACUGCAUCUCUUCGAUGUAGAGAUACCGGAGAGAAAUGUGCGGCUAAAGGAGAGUGAUUUUUGCAGUCCCGGACGGCAUAUUGUGGCGCCUGUGGACUCUCCUGUCGGCAGAAUAGGCAUGGCUAUUUGCUACGACAUGCGAUUCCCGGAACUAAGCACGGCGCUGACCGUACUCCGAGCCCAGGUGCUGACGUUCCCGUCGGCCUUCACGCAGGCCACGGGCGAGGCUCAUUGGCACACUAUAUUGAGAGCCCGAGCGAUAGAGAACCAAUGCUACGUAAUCGCCGCAGCACAAGUGGGUGCACAUAAUACCAAGCGUCGGAGCUACGGGCACGCGCUAUGCGUGGAUCCGUGGGGACGGGUUCUGGCUGAUUGUGGGGAGGAGACAGGGUUCCGAGUGGCUGAGAUAGACCUAGAUAAGUUGGACGAGGUGCGCCAGAAUAUGCCUGUUUUUAGUCACCGAAGAAAAGACGUAUACUCCCUGUACGCCCUGAGCCUCCGGGCCGGGGGCGCGGAGCCGGCGGCCGCGGGCGCCCCGGCGGCGCCCCCGCGCGCCCCGGCCGCGCCCCCGCGCGCCCCGGCGGCGCCCGCGGGGCCCUCGCGGCAGUUCGGCCACGUGCUGAUACCGGAGACCUGCGUGUUCUACUCUAGCCAGCUGAGUUACGCCUUCGUCAACCUACGAUGCGUAACGCCGGGGCAUGUACUGGUAGCCCCGAAACGUUGUGCUGAGCGGAACGGAGACCUCACGGAGGAAGAGGCUCAAGAUUUCUACGCCACCAUCCGGCUCGUGCAAAAGUUGAUGGAGAAAGUCCACAACACAGAAUCGUGUACGGUGACCAUACAAGACGGGCCCGACGCAGGACAAACUGUCAAGCACCUCCACUGUCAUAUAAUGCCACGGAAAAAGGGAGAUUUCAUACAGAACGAUCUCAUAUACCUGGAGCUCGCCAAACACGACCAGUUCUCGUCGAGCCAUCCGGCCAAGCCUCCGCGGAGUUUGCAAGAAAUGGAGGCAGAAGCCGCCUCGCUGAGAGAAUCACUACUCACUUUGGACACUAAUUGAUAAUUUUACAAUUUUAACUUGUUUAUAACAGAAUCCGAUUAACCCCAACCACAGAUAAUGUCAAAAUAUCCCGUAUCAGUCUAACAAUCCGAGGAAAUGCUGCCAGCGUCUUUGGUACUACGCAGGGGCCAUUUUUAGGGUUCCGUAGUCAACUAACCCUUAUAGUUUCGCCAUGUCCGUCUGUCUGUCUGUCUGUCCGAGGCAUUGCUCAGUGGUCGUUAGUGCUAGAAAGCUGAAAUUUGCUGAUUAUAUGAAAACUAUAGCGGACAUGAUCUGUUUACCUGUUUUUGAGUUAUUACAAAAAGUUUACCCUUCAUAGUAAAAAGACGUACAUCCACAGUUCAUCCAUUGGUUAACAAUCUACUAUACUUUUACGCAUUCACUGCCACCGACGCAUAUAUGCGUUCACCGUCAUACAAGUUUGUUCCUAGGCCACGUCCCCUGGCAGUGAAUGCGUUAAGCUCCAUUUUAGCUUAUUGUGACGGAAAAGUAACUACGGAACCCUACUCUGAGCAUGGCCCGACAUGCUCUUGGCCGGUUUUUUUAGAUUUAAUUUAGUCAUAUUUUAGUUUAAGGCCCUGUUUUACAAUGUCCAAGUAAAGUAUUGGAUAGCUAAUUGACAAAUAAAAUAUUGAAUAAAUAAACUGCCAGAUAAAACUUCCUGCAAAACCUAGCACUUUAUCUACCAAUUAAGCUUAUUUGAAGAUUGUGAAACGCCAACGAUUACUUUAUUCGUCAUAUAAGUGGCAAGUAGCUUAUUCAGGACUUUACUUGGACAAUGUAAAACAGGCCCUUAGUCAAAGAUACAUUGAUUAAGUAAGAUGCGUAAAAUCUAAGACAAUUUCGUGCUUCGACUUUUGACAGGUAAACAAGAUGGCGCUGUACAGCUCCAUACAUUUUGCGGUAACUGUGAUUGUCAAAAGUUGACGUUUGAUAUUUCAGUGACCACAAAAAACAAGGAUGUUUUUGUUUUGUAUAUUAAUUAAAAAUACAACAUUUGUGAAUAUAUAUAUAAUUGUUUUUACAUAUGGUGCUACUUUCCCGCACGCGUGUGGGAAUGAGCACUUUCCGUGCAUAUGUCGAAACUUUAAAGAGCCAUAUGUACCUACUUUAAAACGUUGUACGAUACAUGUGCGAAUUCGCAACUCCACAGUACAGCGCCAUUUGUUUUGGAUGUCAAACUAAGGGGCACUUUUUUUUCUUAAACUUUACCUCACUAUUACAAUCGAUUCUCUUUGCCUUAGUUUACUUAUCGUUUUUAUUAUUAUUUUGAAUCAUAAUGUUAUAUCAAGUAUAUAUUUUUGUUAAAAUUAGAAAUUGACCGAAUAUUCGGUAACCAUUCGGUAUUCGAAAAGUUUCGCAAUGUUCGUAUUCGGCCGAAUCAUUCGGUUAAGGGCCUCCGCUAACUGGUGCGGGUGCACGGAGCGGACGAGCGGGUUAACGAAAAAUAGUAUGAGCGACGCUAACUGAAGCGGACGCGUGCGCCGGAUUUCACCUACAAAUAGCACCCGCGUGCGUGCGCACGCGGCGGGCGUCCGCGUCAGCUAGCGUAGGCCCUAAAGUGCCGACAUUCGCCAAAUAUGUUUUAUUUUGUCUUAUUGCAACACUGUAAAAUGUAAGCUCCUGCAAAACUUUUCAAGUACCUACUGUCUUUCAUCGGGUUACGUUUUCCCCGUUGUCAUUAAGGGACUGGUGGCAAUGACCUUCGAUCUGAACCCCUUAUUAGUUUUCUAAUGUGUUUUGUAGCUUAUCAUAUUAACAGCAACGGCUUUAAGCAAUAUAGUAUCCUAUAUUUACUUCACUCCAUAUAAAAAUGAGCUGACAUACAGACCGUCAUUCGAUGCGUGAGGUAUAGUAAGAUUGCAAGAUUGGGCAAAAGGCAGAUACUCGAUAUCACCUACGGAAAGAGAAUUUGUAAUAGAGGUGUAUUAUCAAAGAGAACUUUGUAGGCACGUAUUUACUGCUAUCUUUCGACAAAUGAUUAAAACUUUUAGAACGCCAUUUGACUUUGACCCUUAUUCUUUUACUGAUGCGUGUUAAAUGUCAAAAAGUGGCGCCAACUAACCGGACACAAACUAAAGGUUAUGGCUCCAUUGCUCGAAACGAUUUCAUCAUAACUUUGGCCUUUGAUCUAUUAGGUGGCGCCACUUUUUUUAUAUUUAACAAAUUUGAAAGAAGUAAAAAAAGAAGUAAAGUAGUAGUUUGAAGUAGUUUUUUAAAGAAUAAGGAUCAAAGUCAAAUGGCGUUCUAAAAGUUUUAAUCAUGUGUCGAUUCGCUGCAAUCAUUGUCGACGGCAGUCAAUUUGCUGUGGCUACAAAGUUUUCUUUGACAAUCCACCUCUAUUUAAAAUUCUCUUUGCCUACGGUAAUCGUUAAUUUAUAAUAGUGUGUAAGUGUAAAUAAUGUAUUGAUGCAUUUGUAUUCAUCUUGUUUUAUUUUAAUUAAAUAUGUUACAAAAGUGA